UCCGGUUCUAGCAACCGACCCGUUAACUGUGACUUCUUUUUUGUGUAAGCCGUGCGGUUGGCCUCUUAUCAGUCACCAUGGCGGUGUGUCGACCUUCAUAUUCUUCUGCUGGAUUUCUGUUGCUUGUUGUCGGAUGUUUUCACGCGGGUAGGGCAUCGCUUUUUCCAGAAAAAGCAAAGCAGCUGGAGUUUUCCGAUCUAUUGAUGCCCAAUGAGGAGCAAAGCGUUCGAGAUUGUCCCUUCACCAUCUACCAGUAUGGAGGUUAUGCGCUUGCAAGUUCAAUAUUCGCUGAGCGAUUUGUUGAUAAAACUUUUAGCCACACCGCAAAGGUACGAUUGGGCGAGGUGUAUUGCGUGGGGAUCAUUGUAGAUGAAAAUCAUGUCCUCACAAACUCGGAGUGCGUAGAUGAGAUCGAUCUGCCUGAAGUUAAGCUGACCAACGAAACACUGCCUGUAAUCGAGGUUGCCGAAACGUUUUCUAAUCCGGAUUUUAACGUUACUCUGCUCCGCCUAAAUUCCUCAAUUGAAUUUAAUUCGCUUGCCGUGCCGGCUUGCUUCUGGAAUGCACCAUACGAAAAAGGAUUCGAGAAACUUCAAAGGCUUUUUGUUGAUGAGAACGGAAAUAUGAGCGUAGAGUCUACUAAGUGCACGUUUCAAAACCGGAAAGACUGUUUAGAAGCGAUCGGAAAUACCGGUGAUAUCUUGCAGACCAGGACUAUCGCCAAAUGGCGCAUGCAUCCGUUUGUACUAAGCUUCGGUUUGGACGAAAGCGGAGCCCCAGUGCCCGUAUCACAGUAUAUUGACUGGAUAAGCAAGAUGGCAGAAAGUAACAUUUCAUCCUCGGAAUGCGUCGCACGCCACGAAACAUUGCGAGAAUACGAAGAUAGCAUGGUUUCCAAAAGCGAUAACUAUCAGACUGUUCAAUACUCGAAAAGUAGAUUUUCGUAUACCGAACUGAACAUGUAUAAGGUGCGAAUCAUACCAAGUGACACAGAAAAAACAUCCAAACGCCAUUGUUACGGUUCCUUGAUCGGUCCUAAAUUUGUAAUCAGUUCGGCCAGUUGCUUGAAGCAACAUGAAGGUCAAACCUACGAGGUAGAGAUGGGUCAACAGUACACCUACCAAAAAGACGCAGGGUAUCGUGCCCAAGUUCCCGCACUAAAGGUACAUUAUCAUCCGGAGUACGAUGUGGUGACCUCUGCGAAUGAUGUAGCUCUAGUAGAAUUGGUAGCGCCUAUCCAUAAUUUUUCCAAAAACUUUUUACCUGCCUGCAUCUGGACACACGAAAAGCUUCCGGUCGAUCUGUUUCAAAUCAACGGCUACGCACCAUUCGACAACAAUGAUGAUUUAGCCACCAGGACCCAACAAAUGUACGUUACCGCUGGUGUAUACGACGAUUGUGUCGAUAAACUGGAAUCGAACCAGUUCUGUGCAGGAUUUCCGACCGCAUUGCCACCGGAAACCUGUCACAACAGUAUUGGUUCUGCGAUGUCACGGUCGCUGUACACCUUCGAUCGCUUCUACGAGUACAUCUUUGCUAUUAACAGCAGAGGAGAGAACUGUGGUUUCAACUGGCCAACCAUAUUCACCAAGAUCACACCCUAUAUACAGUGGAUUGAUAGUAUCAUUUUUGCACCAAAAGUGCGUUAUGAAGAUAAAACAAGUUACUAUGGUGAUCGUUGUUCGAGAGAUGAUGGUACGGAAGGUACUUGUGUCUACCUGAAACAGUGUCCUAAGUUGGACAAGGAAGCUCAGCAAGGAAACAGUAUAGUAGCUGCACCGUCCUGUUCUUACGGUAUGGAAGGCGAAUUGGUAGUGUGCUGUUCGGAUGAAAAUUUCCUGCGCGAAGAAUCACAGCGACCGCAACUAACGGCAGCCCAUGAAGAGCUCGAGAACUGUCCCAACCUGUAUCAUGAGUUCAGAAGGAACAAAUCACCCUACAAGGUGGACAAUUUUCCAACGUAUCCGUACUUGGUCCGUAUCGAUGAUGGCGAGAAUCGCACAUGCAACGGAACGAUCGUUUCGAAACAGUUCAUCCUUACUACGGCUGGUUGCUAUCAGAAACUAGGACACGAUAACGUUACGAUCGUAGCAGGAAACACCACUCAUCAGAGGCUCGCUGUACAGGAUACAUUUAUUCAUCCUGAGUAUAGAAACGAUUCUGCCGAGUACAAUCUAGUGCUGCUUAGACUGGAAAAACCACUAUCGAUCGAUAACGAAACGAUACCAGCCUGCCUGUGGAAUAACCAUUCUCAUACUCCAUUGCGACUGGAAGAAGUGUACAGUAAUCCUAACCCAACUCAUCAGUACUACUAUCCACUGUUCUCGAAAGAAUGCGAACGGAAGCAUAGGACGAGUGUGAAAGCACAUCAAUUAUGCAUUGAACAAGACCUUAUGUUCUAUCAAGAUCGUCGAUCUCUGAAGCUAGACGCUGGUAAUGGACUGGUUAGCCACUUUGCGCAGGGUGUACACGAGUACAAGGUAACAUACCUGGUGGGCUUGUAUGGAAAGGUUGGUCACUCUUUUGAAGAUAAUUCCGAUUCCGAUUAUGUUACUACUUCAACCUAUAGUGUAUAUCAACGAAUCAGCGAGUACUAUCAAUGGAUUAGGAACGUUAUCCUCGUAGCAAUGCAAGAGGUCUAAGAUGACUUUUGUAAUAUCGUUUUAUCAUUUUCACUUCUAGAAAUAUUUAAUUUUGGAACAAAUAAAAACGGAACCUCAGCCAAUGUUAGU